AUGCGUUCAAAAGGUACAUCAUUGACAACAGCUGCUAAUUGGGCAACAAAUUGUAUAGUUUCAUUUCUUGUACCGGCAUUUCUUGAAAGUCUUACAUAUAAUACUUAUCGUAUAUUUGGUAGUUUUUGUGGUAUUAUGAGUAUUUUAAUAUAUUUAUUUUAUCCUGAAACAAAAGGAAAAAGUUUAGAAGAUAUGGAUCUUGUUUUUGGUCGAUCUGUAUUUGUUUUUAUACCAGAUGAAAAAAAAAGAAAAAUUUGA